AUUCUGCAAUGAGCAACAGGACGAACAGCACAUCUCCCUCAGAAGUUUGUAACGAAUUCAAAAAAUUCUCAAAUUUUCGGAUUGUUAUAGACCUAGGAAUAGUACUACCAGUAUGUCUUAUUGGCUUUAUUGGCAACAUGGUAGCUUAUUAUAUUCUUAAAGUUCAUAAAGCAAACUCAGUAGUGACAACUCUACUUCGCUGCUUGGCUGUUGUUGAUAAUUUCUAUUUAUUUGCUUCGGUUUGUGUUCCCGUUUUUAAAACAGCUUGCGAUGUUACAAAUAUUGGAGAUUCGCCGUAUUGUUACUAUUAUGUAUUAAGUGAACCAUACUUUUGGACAUUUGCAUCCUGUUCUCAAACUGCCGCUAACUGGUUAAUUCUUUUAAUAACAAUAGAUAGAUACAUAGCAAUUUGUCAUCCCUUUCACCCAUAUAAACUAACAAAUAGUUCAAGAGCAAGGCUCUGCGCUUUUGUCGUGAUUUGUCUAGCAGUUCUGUAUAAUUCUCCUAGACUAUUCGAAUAUGACGGAACAGCUACUAGCGUCAUCGACUUAUGCACAAACAAAUCUAGAUACAUAAAGAAUGCCACUAAAAUGAGAAGAGAUGGAUCGUAUUUUAUUUUCUACAAAGUCAUUGCAUAUUUUCUUUUUCGAGCUGUUGGACCAAUUUUUACAUUAUUUGUGCUUAACCUAAAACUUAUCCAAUGCGUUAAAGAAGCUCAACAACGAAGAGUCACUCUGACACGUACAAUUCAACAAAAAGUUAAAAGUCAAAGGAUAUUAACUAUUACUUUAAUUGGUGUGGUGUCUGCCUCAAUAUUACUUCAACUCCCAAAUGCAGCUGUCAGGGCCGCUCUGAGCGCAAUGUUUCUCAUGAAAGUUAAGUUAAAUCAACUCAAAUACGCUGCCACGUUCACCAACAUGCUUUUAGUGCUGAACUCUGCAAUUAACUGUGCAAUCUAUUGCUUAACUGGUAGGCAAUUUCGAAAAUUUCUCAUAAAAAAGUGCUGUGGUUGUACAAUAAAAAACAAGACAACCGUAGUAUAUCGAGCUACAUUUGGUCAUAGGCGAAGUGGGAGAGCCUUAGCAACUGUGCCUUUAACUAGAGAAACCACCAAAGUUUAA